CUCUCUCUCUCUCUCUCUUUCUCUCUAUCUAUAUAUAUAUAUUUACACACAAUAUAAACUUCCAGAGCCAAUGAAUAUUGCUGUGUCUUCAAUGGCGUGGUUAUAUGUUCACUUCUGUUUCUGGGAUGUAGGGAUUGCAUUAUUGGGUCUAUUUAUUUUCAGCUGCAUACUGGAGAGACGAAGGACCAAAGGACCGAUUAUGUGGCCGGUGCUUGGCAUCACGCCAUGGCUGUUCCUCUACGGCGACCAGCUUCACGAUUGGGCUUCCAGGACUUUAACCACAGCCGGAGGAACUUAUCGCUACAGAGGAAUUUGGCUCGGAGGGGCAUUUGGUGUCACCACCGCUGACCCUUCAAACAUCGAAUACAUGCUCAAGACCAACUUUAACAACUUCCCAAAAGGAGAUUCUUACAGAGAGAGGUUCCAUGAUCUGCUCGGUGAUGGUAUUUUCAAUGUUGAUGGUGAUUCGUGGAAGGAACAGAGACGGAUGGUGAAGGCUGAGAUGCAUUCAAACAGGUUCAUGCAGCACUCGUUUCAGACCACUCAAGAUUUGGUGAAUAAGAAGCUUAUUGGAUUGACAGAGAAGUUUUUCAAGUCGGGAGAGAGUUUCGAUCUUCAAGAUGUUCUUCUUCGGUUCACGUUUGAUAGUAUUUGCAGUGUGGCAUUUGGGGUUGAUCCAGGCUCUUUGGCCAUUGAUUUGCCUCAAGUUCCUUUUGCUAAAGCUUUUGAAGAAGCAACAGAGCUCUCUCUCUUACGUUUUAUGAUACCUUCUCUGUUCUGGAAACCCAUGAAGUACUUCUGCCUGGGAUAUGAGAAAAGGCUCAAGAAAGCCAUUAAAAUCGUUCAUGAUUUUGCUGAUAAGACUGUAAGAGACCGGAGAAGCCAAAUGAACAGCAACUCUGCUAACCUGAAUCACCAAUCCGAUCUCCUUUCAAAGCUUAUGCAGAUCGAAAACAACGUAAAAGCCAACGGAAACCCUCUUCCCGACAAGUUCUUCAGAGAUUUCUGCGUUAGUUUCAUCAUAGCAGGACGAGACACAACUUCAGUAGCACUCUCAUGGUUCUUCUGGCUACUCCAUGAAAACCCAGAUGUUGAAAGCAAGAUUCUGAGUGAGAUGAAAGAAAUCCUAGGUCAACGCAAAGCUAAAACUGAAAUUUCCAACACAGUUUUCACAGAGGAAGAAUUAAAACAGAUGGUUUAUCUACAGGCAACAUUAUCAGAAACCCUGAGACUGUACCCUUCCGUGCCAUCUGAAAUGAAACAAGUUGUAGAAGAUGACGUGCUCCCAGACGGGAACAUGGUGAAAAAGGGUGCUCGAAUUUUCUUCUCAGUUUUCUCCAUGGGGAGAAUGGAGUUCAUUUGGGGUAAAGACUGCCGGGAGUUUAAACCAGAGAGGUGGAUUAAAGACGGACAGUUCGUGAAUGAAAAUCAAUUCAAGUACGUUGUCUUUAAUGCAGGUCCAAGACUGUGUUUGGGAAAGAGGUUUGCUUACAUGCAGAUGAAAAUGGUGGCUGCUUCCAUUUUGUUGAGGUACUCAGUUAAGGCCAUUGAAGGGCAUAACGUUGCUCCAAAAGUGACAACUACGUUGUACAUGAAGAACGGGCUUAUGGUCACCCUCAACCGUAGGCCACUUGCCACUGAAUAAGAAAUUAUAUAUAUAUAUAUAUAUAUAUAUAUGUAUCAAUC